AUUUCGGAAAAUGGCGAUCUGGAGCUCACUGGCACGUUCUGCCCAAGUUUCGGCACAGUUUAAUGCGUUUUUCCGCAAUCCGGUGGUACUGAACGCCACCAAAAAUGCGCUGGUGCAACAGAGCCGCUCAAUGUCCGGACAUGGACCGAAAAUGUUCACUAUCACCCCCUCCCGCUUCCAGUGGCACAAGUUCAAGGAUCUAUUCCAUUACUACAUCAUGGUUGGAUUGAUUCCGGUUUUGGGAGUUGUGAUGUAUGCAAACAUCUUCGUUGGACCGGCAACGUUGACCGAAAUCCCUGAGGGUUACGAACCCAAGCACUGGGAGUACCACAAGCACCCGAUUAGUCGCUUCAUUGCACGGUACAUUUUGAAGAACCCUCAAGAGGAUUACGAAAAGAUGCUACACCAUCUUUACGAAGAAAAAGAAAAAUCUGAAAUGCUGGCCCUGGAACAGAAAAUCCGAGACAAGAUGGCCGAGCGACAGGAUUACCAGGCUUACUACUACCGUCCGGUCAUCGGAAAGUACCAUCGGGUGUCGAAGGAAGCAGCUGACUAUCUGGAGUCGAUUCGCGGCGAUUAAACGGAUCGCAAACGGAUGGACUAGCGUAGAGCUGUGUACAUUGAUUUGAGUUAAUAUAUCGUUGCUAGGAA